UUAAGGAUAAGGCGCCUGUGGUGAGCUCAAGCAUUUCAACAGCCCAUCGCCUCUUAUUUUACCCAAAUAUCCCCAACUUUCCAUUACCAAAUUUUUCCUCCUCUCAGAAAACAAACCGAUGGCCUCUCUUUCAUUUGCAUUCUCUCCGGCUGCCGGACGGGUGUUCGCCGCCACGGCGGCGAAGGGUGCCGGCGAAGGCAAGAAGGAAAAGGGUAUUCUGGAUUGGAUCCUUGGAGGCAUGGAGAAGGAUCAGCUUCUGGAAACUGACCCUGUUCUUCAAAAGGUUGAGGGCAAGAAUGGCGGCGCCAACAACGGCGGCACUGUCCGCGGCGGCAAGAAGAAUUCCGUCCAAGUCCCGCCGAAGAAAAACGGCGUCUUCGGCGGUCUCUUUGCCAAGAAAGACUAACGGCGACGGCGAUUCAGCCAUUUUACUCAUAUAGUAAUUCGUUCUGUUAUCGGAAAGUUGUGCAAUUUCAGGCCAUGUCUUGUUGCCUUUAUGUUACUCUGAUUGGUUAUUCUUCAAUACUAUCGUUCCAUUAUUAACUAUUGUC